GGCGGUAAAAAAAAGGCUAGAAAACAGUCGUUACCUUUCCUCACUAGUGCACGAUCUUUGAGCGAGAUAGACGUAGUCUAUAUUGAUAGAAUCGGUGUAGGUCUGAGUUUUUGUGGCAACCAGAAACAUUUAUCCAACCCUAGCCCACAAACUGUGUUGGUUUAUCGGGCUAGGGGUCGUGUCGUGUAAACUAGAUAAUUGGACAGCACUGCUCGGUGAGAGAGAGAACGGCUGCGUAUUCCUAAUCUGCUGACACACACGAUAGAGAGUAUCAUGUACCCGAUUAGCAGUUCCAAAAAUCUGGCACUGGCCAGACUUCGCAAUUUGUGUAGUCGUUCUCCGACGUCUACCAGUGAUCAUGUCCCUGUUCAUCAUGCUGCGUCGGCUAGUGUCGACUACCCUGUCGCAGGUCCGCUCAUGGCCACAUCAUCACCAACACAAUCAAGUCCAAGGAGGUCGUCGCUACCCAAUGCAGUUGUCAGGUUUGCAGAGAUGCUGAAGAAACGCUACGUUGGUGCUAAGGUACUGUUGGGCAAGGGUAUGUGCGCUAAACCGAACAGACGAGCGCUAGAUAAGAUGUUUGUGAAUGUCGUUGUCAUACCUCGUGAAGACCUGGCAUCACUGAAUGAACAAACAUUCUUCGGUUCGCAAAGCGAUGUGCAGAAGUUGAGCCAUGUCUUCUCGCGGGUUGCGGACAAAGUGCAGCACGUGCAACUGGCCAAUAUGUUUGACUUUGACGGGGAAGACAUUGAUGAAGACGAAUCAGUUCGUGUAUUGGCUGUUGCAUGUGCUGGCGCUGGCAAAACGACCAUCUUCGUGUUGAAAGGUCCGCUGGACUGGGCAAGAGGUUUAAUGUGGCACGAGUUUGACAUUGUGAGUGCGUUAGCAUUGCGUGAUGCAAGUGUUCGACAUGCCAGAAAUGUUGUUGAUCUGUUACAGCUAGAGCGCUAUGGAAUUGUAGAUGUGGAGGAGCAAAAAGAAAUUGCUUCCUUUGUUCAUGCCAAUCUGAAACAUGUGUGUGUGAUUCUGGAUGGGUUGGAUGAAACUAUGCUUGGUGACUGCAGUGAUUUUGUGCGUGGCAUUAUUCGUGGUGAGGAGUUGAAAGGCAUUCGACUGCUUCUCACGUCACGCCAUUCUGCAGAAGUGAUGAAACUGUCUGUUUCAUGUCCAUUUGAUAGGCGGGUUGAAGUACUGGGUUUCACCAAAGGCAAUGUUCGCGAGUAUGUGUACAAUGCUCUCCCAUGCACAGAGGCUAGCAGGCUACUAGAGAAGGUGGAUGCUGAUCCCAGCCUCUCAGCUAUUAUGCAAACACCUUACUUCACACAGUCGACGUGUGAUGUGUUUCGUAGUUGUGGCUCUGUACCUUCAUCACUGUUUGGUAUCUUCAUGUCGUUGAUACUGAGUAUGAUUCGACAGAACACUGAGAGUGCGUAUCCAGACUGGGUGUCUGUGCCACGCUUGCUGCAGGAGCAAAUUCUUGAGUUGGGUCAUUUUGCUUUUGUAUCGUUAAUGAAAAAGAAGGUAGUGUUCAGUGAUUCUGAUCUAGAUGCAGAGCAGGUUUCUAGAGAAAGUCGAUCACUUGGUGUUCUUGUGGCUUGUGAGUCACUGUCAUACCCGUCCAUCACUCAAUGGCAAUUCAGCCAUCUUUCAGUGCAAGAAUGUCUUGCUUCUCUUUACAUGGCAUCCACUAAUCCUGAUGCCAGUGAUGUAGAAUAUUUGGUGAGGCAAGUAGGAGCUCUGACGGGUCACUUGAGCACGUUUUGGUGUCUUCUUGCAUCACAACUGACAGCGGUCAGCAGAGAGUCGUUGAUUGCAUCCAUUCUCACACAGCGUAUCCCUGAUAAAGAGGAUGUGAACAAGCUGACAUCAUGUUGCGAUGUGACAAAGUUUCUUCGCUGCUCCGAAGAUGAUCUUCUUGAGGUGGUAGAGUUGCUAUGUGAGCAUCUUGAUGAGGCAGCAGUGCAGAGUUUAGCAAGGUGUCUUCUUAAAGAUCUACUGCCAGACAAUGUGAGUGUGGCACAGGCCAUUGAAGAAGUUCUUCCUCACUCUUUCUCGUCGUCUUUGUACGACGUAGUCCAUGCUCUUUUGCAGCUGUGGCGUCGCAAAGUCCCCCGUGCCAGUAUGAGAAUACUGUGCACUGCCUUGAAGUCGAUCAACCCGCAUGCAUCCAACUGUCUCCACCAGUAUCUUGUAUCGGAACGCACGGAAGACUCACAGGCUGCAGAACGUCUUUCUUCAGCUGCGACAGACAGCUCUGUGCAUUCUGUGAUGACUGUUCCACCAACGAAGUCGGCAUCGUCAGCUGACUUGCUACGUGAAAAUUUAACUCCAGUUCGCCGCCAAUUGUUGUUACUGGCUUGCCGUGUGUAUGCACAGCCCAGUGCAGACACAGACAACAUGACCAGCUGUAGUCAGUCACCUUCACCUAGUCUAGAACUAGCCUUCGAACAUUAUGGCUUUGAUUUCACGAACGUGGCUGUCUCGCCCGCUGACUGUCAUCUUCUUUCGUUAGUACUGAGGAAUCACAGUAGGUCUGUCAGUGCUGUGUGUCUGAAUGAUUGUCAGAUUACUGAUGAUGGUUUUGAGCAACUCACUACUGGUCUAACUCAUUGUCAUGGGCUGGUUGUAUUCUCUAUCCAAGGCAAUGCACUGACUGACCGUUCUGUGGCACGUAUCCAUAGUGUUAUCUGUGAAAACCACACAGCUCUUCGACAAUUUUCCUUAGAGAAUUUGCAGCUCACGUCAUCUGGCUAUGCUCAGCUGGUACCCGCAGUGAUCACAUGUCAUGACCUGGGGUACCUGCACAUAGGUAGUGUGUCCUGUCAGGAUAUCAAAACUAAUGUUCUCAUAGCUAUCACCGUGCUGGCUUACUGUAAGUCUCUUGAAUAUCCCCUCUUUUGCUUCCCGAUCGGUGAUGAUGGUCUUGUUCUGCUUUCUGGACUGCUGACAGGACGGCCAUUUCGUUACAUGGCCUUGGUGCAUGCGAUGCUCACGCCACACAGCACUGGGGUUGUCAAACACGUUCUUCGUGUGCACUCUCAGUACCUUUCACGGCUUGACUUGAGCGACAAUGAUCUUUCUGACAUGUUUCUGUGCAGCAUUGCACCAUGUCUGAAGCAGUGUACAUCACUGAUCUCCCUUGUCCUCUCAGAAACAGGCCUUACAUCCCAGUCACUUCCGGUACUCGCUGAUAUUCUGUCUUCUUGUCCUGAUCUCCAACUUGUUGGUCUGGAUGGGAAUGACUUUCAAGCGGAGAAUGACGAGGGCAGUAGGCAGUUUGCAUCAGCUGUGUAUGAAUGUCAAAACCUCGUGUGCCUUUCAGUACCAAAGCGAGAGUUAGUGAAUGAUCAGCUAUGGAGAUUACUUGACUAUGUUGCAGGCGAGAGAGCAGGUCAACUACGGAUUCAUUCGUAAUGACAUUGUUGGGCAUAACCAACAGUGAAGAUAACGUGUAUAUGCGCAGUGGAAGGAAUGCUAUCGCUUGUCAGACAUGUAAACACUAGACACAGAGAUGAACAUUCUUGCUGGUGGUCAUGUGAUGUCAUGUUGAACCACUGCUGGUGGUCAUGUGAUGUCAUGUUGAACCACUGCUGGAAUGGUUACUACUGUACAUGGUACUGAUCAGGGAAGUUGAGGAAGAGAGGGAAAGUGGGACAGGACGAUAUAUAACACUCCAGUUGUGUCUGUUGGUGGAAACACUUGCCACACACACCUGCUGUGCGGAAGCCUGCUCGUUCAGUAUAAGUUGUUGGCUUGUCUGUCCGGGAGCCCCGAUGGUGGUUCAGCACGUUGUAUUCAUAAGAUGAACAUGUGAUCAUGCAAUGAAAUACUUUAUUUUUAAGAACACUCUCUCACCAUUUCACAUUUUUGUGGCAGUUUUCACAUUUCUAUUCCAUUACUUGACUAUGGUAUUUUAUGCCUGUGACAUCACAUGCCUAUGAUGUCAUAAUAACUAUGGUGUCGCUUCAUCAUCCUCAGCGAUUCCUCGCACUCGGGCCACGGCUAUGUGGUAGCCUGACUAUGACAUCACCAGACGUCAUUGUGACAUGACUAUGACAUCAUAAUGUGUCAGAAUUAUUUUUAGUUUGAGUACCGUAUAUAAUGAGAUAAUUAUGUUCUGAGUUCAGUGAGUUUAUUGGACAUUGGAGCAGAAACUGGUGGUACGGAUGUUACGCACUGACGUUGAUCGGGCUCAGCAUGCAGUCACCUAACUGGAGAGUGAAAAGAGUGAAAGAUUUUCAGAGAUCUCAGCGUACUGGCUGUUCUCUGUUAUUCCUCCGCGGUCAUGAAACAAAGCUGAGUGGCAUUCAGUAGCAUUCUUCUGCCUGGGAAAAUCACAGGAUUGGAGGGCAAAGAUGGUGGUAGUUGUGUGCCGAACGCUCUAAUGCAUGUAUAUCUGCCAGAAGACUGGAGUGAAGUGAUGUGUGGCUCAGUCCCCAGCCGCAGUGGAGCCGUGUUGUGGCGCGCACUGUGCGUCCUGCGGCUGCUGCUUCCGUACGGUCUAGGGCAGGAAUAGACACCGCUGUUCAGGUUCUCCCCCGGCCAUACAUCAGUCUCGGGGAAACAGUCGUAGGUGACCUUAAUCCCGGUGACCUCUCGUUGUGUCCCGGACGCCGUGGGACGGCAUUCUCCUCUUCUCUCAGUCUCGCGGAACCAGUCGUAGGUGACCUGAAUCCCGGUGACCUUUCGUUGUGUCCCGGACGCCGUGGGACGGCAUUCUCCUUCUCUGCUCCUCCAGGCCCACGUGACCCUUGUGGCAGUGGCUCGAUAGGACAGGACAGGACAGUGUCUAUUGCGGAUAGCGUUGCCAGUGUCUCUACUGUUACUGCUGCUUCCUCCAUGGUCAGCUGUGCUGAACAGUGAUCCAUUACGUGUGUGUCAGCGAGUACUCAGAUGAUGGGCAGAAAUCUGGAUGGCAGAGCUGCGUCUUAGUAAGGGGUAUUUUCCGCAGUGGCGGCGUGGUUGCUUUUAUUGCAGCGAGUUUUUCUUCUAAGGUCUCCAUAUGCAAAGUGAUCUGUUGGCUGAUGGACGGAUGCCGGGAUGGUUCAGAAAUGAAAGGCUGGUUUCUGCUGCUGCUGCGGCUGCUGUUGUUGCUGUUGCUGUUGUUUCCACUACUUGCCUCUUUAUACCUCUGUUGCAGCUGCUGGUACAGUUGCUGAGAGUGUGAUGCUGCUGUGAUAGAGAUCAUGACUCAUGGUGAUGUCAGUAGCUGUACUAUUCCUCUGCUUCAUCUCUGGUCCUGGGUAACAGGAAUCAGAUGUAUGCAGAUCAGUGAGGUUUCUGAUGACGUACACAUACCUGGAUGAUAUUGCUUCAAUGCAGAAAGCUGUUGUUGCUGUUGUUGGUGAUUCAGAGGAGGUGAUUUCUCGGUGGCAUUCAGUAGCAUUCGUCUGCCGGGGAAAAUCACAGGAUUGGAGGGCAAAGAUGGUGGUAGUUGUGUGCCGAACGCUCUAAUGCAAGUAUAUCUGCCAGAAGACUGUAGUGAAGUGAGUAAGUAGACUUUCUAUUGUUAAUAAUCUGCUAUUUGUUACUACUGGUAACUGUACAAUAUUCACCACACAUUAUUGUUUGCUAUUUUCACGACAAGAGAGUAAGGGCCAGGUUCCACUGCGGCUCCGCUGCUCCGCUGCUCAUCAUCCGCGGCUUGAUACGUCAUCAUUACCAUAGUGACCGCGGCUCGAGCUGGAGCAGCGAGGCCGCGGUUCACAGCAACCUUUUGCUACGAUUCUUGAUCAAAAACCGCGAGCCACGGUCGCGGCUCGACCUGUUUCCCGUGCUUUGCACUGUUUUGUACGCAAGAAUAUUAAAAUUCAAAUUUUAUUUCGUUGCGCAGGCCAGAACACGAGGUUUUUUUGAUUUUGCGGUACCGCGAAUGAUGAGUGUCAGUGGAACCGCGCUGCUCCGCUGCAUGCAGCCAAGUGCCGCUGGGCAGCCGAGCCGCGGAGCCGCAGUGGAACCCGGCCCUAAUGUGAAUAUUGACUAACCAGAGAAAAGUCAAAUUUGAACAGUGAGUUUAUGAAAGUGGCCACAGUCCUUUGCGAACAUUAUCCAUUGUAAACUCCCUGGUUCUAAGAAAUGUCGAAAAUUUAUUGACGCGAAUAUCGGUGUGUUUCUAGAAUUCUAAUUUUACCAUACUAACAAGUCAGAAAUGUAUUAUGUGAUUAUAGCACUGUAGGGUGAUGAAAUUUGUACCGGCUAGGAUUUCACAACACACACCAUACCGGUAUAUACCAUAAAAUCCCACCAGAGCGUCCCAUCUCUUCCAUGCGCCCCUCCCUGACUUUUUGUCAGGGAAGUGAUUGAUUGCAUCCUUGUGUGACUCCAUGAUGCCGUACUGUACUGCAGACGAGUGCUCGACCCGGUCAUUUUUCUUACUAGUGAUGGUGCUGUUGCUGGUGAUGGCGAUGGUCCCGCAACUGUUGCUACUGCUGUGUGGUAUUGCUGCUACUGUUGCUGCUGGUGAUGGUGCUGCUUGUGCUGUUGUUACUGCUGCUGGUGAUGCUAUUUAUGCAACUGAAUGUUGCUGCUUUUUGUUUGUGUUUUUCUUUCUGAAUUUUCCCGUUGCACUGCUACAGAUAUGUGUGUGUUAUCGUAUCAACAGCAGAGCGGUCGUCCUGUUAUUUCUGCAGCUGUGUAGCAGAUGGAUGUGACUACUACAAGUGUGUGGCUCAGUCCCCAGCCGCAGUGGAGGCGUGUUGUGGCGUGCACUGUGCGUCCUGCGGCCGCUGCUUCCGUUAGGUCCAGGGCAGGAAUAGACACCUUUGCUCAGGUUCUCCCCCGGCCAUACCUCAGUCUUGGGGUAACAGUCCUAGGUGACCUGAAUCCUGGUGAUCUCUCGUUGUGUCCUGGACGCCGUGGGACGGCGUUCUCCUCUUCUCUCUCCGUUGCUCCUCGGGGCCCACGUGACCUUGUGGCAGUGGCUCGAUAGGACAGGACGGGACAGGGUAUAUUUCGGAUAGCGUUGCCAGUGUCUCUACUGUUACUGCUGCUUCCUCCAUGGUCAGCUGUGCUGAACAAUGAUCCGUGACGUGUGUGUCAGCGAGUACUCAGAUGAUGGGCAGAAAUCUGGAUGGCAGAGCUGCAUCUUAGUAAGGGGUAUUUUCAGCAGUGGCGGCGUGGUUGUUCUUAUUGCAGCGGGUUGUUCUGUCAUGGUCUCCAUAUUCAAAAUGAUCUGUUGGCUGAUGGACGGAUGCCGGGAUGGUUCAGAGUGAAAGUUGCUGGUAGAGUUGCUGACAGUGUGAUGCUGCUGUGAUAGAGAUCAUGACUCAUGGUGUUGUCAGUAGCUGUACUAUUCCUCUGCUUCAUCUCUGGUCCUGGGUAACAGGAAUCAGAUGUAUGCAGAUCAGUGAGGUUUCUGAUGACGUACACAUACCUGGAUGAUAUUGCUGCAAUGCAGAAAGCUAAUGUUGCUGUAGUUGGUGAUUCAGAGGAGGUGAUCUUUCGGUGGCAUUCAGCAGCAUUCGUCUGCCGGGGAAAAUCACAGGAUUGGAGGGCAAAGAUGAUGGUAGUUGUGCGCCGAACGCUCUAAUGCAAGUAUAUCUGCCAGAAGACUGUAGUGAAGUGAAUAUGGUUGUGUUAUCGUAUCAACAGCAGAGCGGUCGUCCUGUUAUUUCUGUAGCUGUGUAGCAGAUGGAUGUGACUACUACAAGUGUGUGGCUCCGUCCCCAGCCGCAGUGGAGGCGUGUUGUGGCGCGCACUGUGCGUCCUGCGGCUGCUGAUUCCGUUCGGUCCAGGGAGAAAUAGACACCGCUGCUCAAGUUCUCCUCCGGCCAUACAUUAGUCUCGGGGCAACAGUCGUAGGUGACCUGAAUCCUGACGACCUCUCGUUGUGUCCGGGACGCCGUAGGACGGCGUUCUCCUCUUCUCUCUCCGUUGCCCCUCCGGGCCCACGUGACCCUUGUGGCAGUGGCUCGACAGGACAGGACAGGACAGGACAGCGUUGCCAGUGUCUCUACGGUUACUGCUGCUUCCUCCAUGGUCAGAUGUGCUGAACAGUGAUCCGUUACGUGUGUGUCAGCGAGUACUCAGAUGAUGGGCAGAAAUCUGGAUGGCAGAGCUGCGUCUUAGUGAGGCGGAUUAUAAACAGUGGCGGCGUGGUUGCUCAUAUUGCAGCGGGUUGUUCUGCCAAGGUCUCCAUAUGCAAAGUGAUCUGUUGGCUGAUGGACGGAAGCCGGGAUGGUUCAGAUUUGAAAGUUGCAGUUGCUGGUCGAGUUGCUGAGAGGGUGAUGCUGCUGUGAUAGAGAUCAUGACUCAUGGUGUUGUCAGUAGCUGUACUAUUCCUCUGCUUCAUCUCUGGUCCUGGGUAACAGGAAUCAGAUGUAUGCAGAUCAGUGAGGUUUCUGAUGACGUUCACAUACCUGGAUGAUAUUGCUGCAAUGCAGAAAGGUACUUCUGCCAUGGUCUUGCAGGACAUCUUCUAGUUGUGGAAAUGAUUUGUUUGGGUGACUGAACAGAAGACUGGAUGGUUCAUAUUGGAAAGGUGCUGUUGUUAUGGUUACCUGUGUUGUGGAUGAUGAGGUUGCUGGUGUAGGAGACCUGAACAUUACUGGCUACUGUUCAUUACUAGAAGAAUGCAGAGGAUUGUCAAGAUGUACAUUGUACAUGUCUAUCUGUUCAGACAGUACACAAGGUGAAUGAAGAUGGAACAUAUCCAUUUCAUCAAUAAUUGUUCUCUUCUCAAUUGUUUUUAUUUUGGUCUUGAAACUUCUACCUUCCUUGAUGGAGAAGUAACGUUGUCCCCCCCCCCUCCCUUAUCACCCCUCCCCCUUAUCACCCCUCCCCCUUAUCACCCCUCCCCCUUAUCACCCCUCCCCCUAUAUCCUUCCCCAACCACACAUUAUCAUUGUGUGUUUUAAAUGUUACACACCACUAGGCUAGGCAAGUUUUCGUGGUAUUUUCUUGCGGUAAUAACUGCUGGUGACUACUUCAAUUUCACUAGAGAAAUGAAAAGACCAUGGUUUACCGGUACUUGAUGAGUGUGUUUGUUCAUGAUCACAUUCAUACACAAAUACUCGUCUGCGUAUCCAUGUUGCACUAUUAUAACUACUGGCCUCGUUUUUGCUGCUGUCCAUGCAAUGGACUACAUAAAAUUAUUAUUUUCCACUGCAUUCUGCACCCGUUUUCUUCCUACUGUUUCCCAUAUCUCAGGUGAUAUGUUAUUACCAGUGAUGUGUUUGACUACUUCUCUUGCCACAUAUAGCUGAUACUAGUGAUAGUAAAACUGGAUGCUGUUCUCCAA